AUGGAGGAUCCAGGAGAGGGAGGAGCCUCCCUGGGGGUUUGGGUCCCUGGGAAGUGGGGCUGGUGGAGGUGGAGCUGGGGCUGGACACUCACACGACCCCCUGCCCCUCAGGACCGCUUUUGUGGUGCUCUGCACCCCCUAUCUCUACUAGUGCAGGCCUUGGUGCUGGCCAUGGCACUGGCCCUGGGUAACCUGCCUGCCUUCCUGCCCUGUGAACUUCAGCCCCAUGGCCUGGUGAACUGCAGUUGGCUGUUGCUGAAGUCAGUGCCCCACUUCCCUGCAGCAGCACCCCGUGGCAACAUCACCAGUUUGUCCCUGCGCUCCAACCGUAUCCACCACCUUCAUGCCUCUGACUUUGCCCACCUGCCCAACCUGCGGCGUCUCGACCUCAUGUGGAACUGCCCACCAGCCAGCCUCAGUCCUAUGCACUUCUCUUGCUACAUGACCAUCGAGCGGGACACCUUCCUGGCUGUGCCCACCCUGGAGGAGCUGAAUCUGAGCUACAACUACAUCACAACAGUGCCCGCUCUGCCCAGCUCCCUUGUGUCCCUGUCCCUAAGCCGCACUAAUAUCCUGGUGCUUGGCCCCACCACCUUUGCUGGCCUACAUUCCCUGCGCUUCCUGUUCAUGGAUGGCAACUGCUAUUACAAGAACCCAUGCAUGCAGGCCGUCAGGGUGACUCCAGGCGCCCUCCUUGGCCUGGGCAACCUCACCCACCUAUCACUCAAGUAUAACAAUCUCACGGCUGUGCCCCACAGCCUACCUCCCACUCUGGAGUCCCUGCUGUUAUCCUACAACCACAUUGUCAGUCUGGUACCUGAGGACCUGGCCAACCUGACCGCCUUACGUGUGUUAGACUUGGGUGGGAACUGCCGACGCUGUGAUCAUGCCCAAAACCCCUGCAGGGAGUGCCCACGUGGCUUCCCUCGGUUGCACCCCAACACAUUCAGCCACCUGAGCCACCUUGAAGGCUUGGUACUGAGGGAUAUUUCUCUCUACAGCCUGGACGUCACUUGGUUCCACGGUCUGGACAACCUCACAGUGCUGGACUUAAGUGAGAACUUUCUCUACAAUUGCAUCACCAAAACUAUGGCCUUCAAGAGCCUCAAGAAGCUGCGCAAGCUUAACUUGUCCUUUAACUACCACAAGAAGGUGUCCUUUGCCCACCUGCACCUGGCACCCUCCUUUGGGAGCCUUAUCUCCCUGCAGGAGCUGGACAUGCAUGGCAUCUUCUUCCGCUCGCUCAGUGAGACCACACUUCGCUCACUAACCAGUCUGCCCAUGCUUAAGAGUCUGCGACUGCAAAUGAACUUUAUCAGUCAGGCUCAGCUGGGCAUCUUUGGGGCCUUCCCCAACCUGAAGUAUGUGGACUUGUCAGACAACCGCAUUAGCGGAGCCGCAAAGCUGGUGGUCAACACCAGGCAGGUAGACGGUGGGCAAGAGGUCCGGCUGCAGUCUGGGUACCUUGCCCCAGGUUCACUGGACUCCUUCAGCUCUGAGGACUUCAUGCCAAACUGUAAAACACUUAACUUCACCUUGGACCUGUCACGGAACAAUCUGGCGACAGUCCAGCCAGAGAUGUUUGCCCAGCUCUCACGCCUCCAGUGCCUGCACUUGAGCCACAACAGCAUAGCACAGGCGGUCAAUGGCUCACAGUUUGUGCCACUGACCAGCCUGCGGGUGCUGAACCUGUCCCAUAACAAGCUGGACCUGUACCAUGGACACUCGUUCACGGAACUGCCACAGCUGGAAGCCCUGGACCUCAGCUACAAUAGCCUGCCCUUUAGAAUGCAGGGCAUAGGCCACAACCUCAGCUUCUUGGCCCGCCUGCCUGCCCUGCGCUACCUCAGCCUGGCACAUAACAACAUCCACAGUCGGGUGUCCCCGCAGCUCAGCAGCAACUCACUAUGGGCGCUAGACUUCAGCGGUAACUCCUUGAGCCGUAUGUGGGCUGAGGGAGACCUCUACCUCCACUUCUUCAAAGGACUGAAAUGCCUAGUGCGGCUGGAUCUGUCCCAGAAUCACCUGCAUGCACUCAUGCCUCGCACCCUAGACAAACUCCCCAAGACCUUGCGGCUGCUGCGUCUCUCUAACAAUCGCUUGGCCUUCUUCAACUGGAGUAACCUGGUCCUCCUACCCAACCUAGAAGUGCUGGACAUGGCAGGAAACCAGCUAAAGACCCUGACCAAUGGCAGCCUGCCUGUGGGCACAGCCCUCCAGAGGCUAGACCUCAGCAGCAACAGCAUUAGCCUGGUGGCGCCUGGCUUCUUUGCCCAGGCCAAAAUGCUGCGUGAGCUCAACCUCAGGGCCAAUGCCCUCAAAACAGUGGAGCCCUCCUGGUUUAGUCUUCAGGCAGGCACCCUUAAGGUACUGGAUGUGAGCGCCAACCCUCUGCACUGUGCCUGCGGGGCAAUCUUCGUGGAUUUCCUGCUAGAGGUUCAGGCUGCUGUGCCUGGUCUGCCCAGUCACGUGAAGUGUGGCAGCCCGGGCCAGCUGCAGGGCAAAAGCAUCUUCACACAGGAUCUGCGCCUCUGCCUCGAUGAAGCCCUCUCCUGGGACUGCUUUAGCCUCUCACUGCUGGCAGUAGCCCUGGGCCUGGCUGUGCCUUUGCUGCACCACUUCUGUGGCUGGGACCUUUGGUACUGCUUCCACCUGUGCCUGACCUGGCUUCCCUGGCAGGGGCGGGGACUGUGGCAGGGCACAGAUGCCCUGCUCUAUGAUGCCUUCGUGGUCUUUGACAAAGCGCAGGGUGCGGUGACAGAUUGGGUGUACAAUGAGCUGCGGGUGCGGCUGGAGGAGCAGCGAGGGCGCAAGGCACUGCGCCUGUGUCUGGAGGAGCGAGACUGGCUGCCUGGCAAGACACUCUUCGAGAAUAUAUGGGCCUCGGUCUAUAGCAGCCGUAAGACACUGUUUGUGUUGGCCCACACCGACUGCAUCAGUGGCCUUUUGCGGGCCAGCUUCUUGCUGGCCCAACAGCGCCUGCUGGAGGACCACAAAGAUGUGGUGGUUCUGGUGAUCCUGCACCCUGAUGCCUACCGUUCCCGUUACGUGAGGCUGCGCCGGCGCCUCUGCUGUCAGAGUGUCCUCCUCUGGCCCCACCAACCCAGUGGCCAGGGCAGCUUCUGGGCCCAGCUGGGCAUGGCCCUGACAAGGGAUAACCACCACUUUUAUAAUAAGAACUUCUGCUGGGGACCUACAGCUGAAGAGUCCUAA